AUGUCGGAGGAGCUCCCGCUCGAUUUCGCACAAGUGCCGAUGGACAUUCUCGUCAUUCUCAUAGCUGAUAUGCUCGACCGACUCAUGGCACACAACGACCUUAUCCCCCUUCUUCCUGAGAGUCUCACCCGAUUUCACUCGCGAACUGCGCCGUCUAUCUCGGUCUUGGACUAUCUUCGCCGAAUUGUCCGCUACACAAAUGUUGAAAAGUCUUGCCUUCUCCUCACCCUCCAUUACAUCGACCAAAUCUGCGCGCGGAUGCCCCGCUUCACCCUCUCCUCCCUUACCUGCCAUCGAUUCAUCAUUGCGUCAAUCACCGUAUCGAGCAAGGGCCUUUGCGACACCUUUUGUACCAACAACCUCUAUGCAAAGGUUGGCGGUAUCUCUGUCUCGGAGCUCAACGUUCUUGAACGCGAAUUCCUGGACAAAAUCGACUGGCGCAUCAUGUGUACACGUGAUCUCCUCCAAGAAUACUACGUCAACCUCGUUCGAACCCAUACCUCGGGCAAAUACUACGUGAUUGGCACUCAGUCUUCCGUUGGGAGUGCUUCAGACGACGGUGACGAGAUGGAUACCACCCAAUCGCGACCACCGACCCCUGCAGUUGGCUCCGCUAUUUUGAUAGAUCUCAAUCGUCCUGUUGAAGUCAAGCCAACAAUCGAGCAGAACAUGGCUUUUGCUGCGUUGCAAGAGUUGGACAAAGAUUAA